AUGAAGCAAAAGCAGGAAAUUCAAGACCUUGAAAUCCUCAAGGCUGUGGCACAAGCAUGGCAUGGUCACUCCAGCAGCCGUAGGACAGCUGUCGAAUUCCACCCUCACUGCCGUAAUUUCAAGAGCAAGCCAUCAAGAUUCAAGCUUGAAGCUAUGAGCAAAGUGUCUACCAGGAAAAUUUAUGGUGCAGGUAGCUGGGAUUUUAAGCAAUCCCUUUGGGAUUCUUAUGAGCUUGUAAAUGUAUCCAAAAUGUUAGAGAUGGAGCUAAUGCUAGACCAUCCACUUUCUGCAUUGGAUGAGCUAAACUGGAAUAUUGGUAAGAAGCAUGAGAGUGAAAAAAGCUUAAGAGACUUGUUCAACAUGUCAUCGAGGAGAUUUAAUGAAGCUGAACUACCAAAAGAUAAGGGUCUAUUCUUUUUUUAA